UAUUGUAUUUUUCUGAUUAAUUAUGCAUGAUUUUCUAUCCAAAUUUGUAAAAGUUACUUUUCGAUAUAUGAAGGCUAUUCACCUCUGAAAACCCAAACAGGAAGUGGAUAAUUUAGUUGCCACUGGACCAGGCUAGAGCCAGAGACCGCUAAAAGAAAGAUGGCAAGCAAAAGAAAGAGAGAGAGCGAUAUUGAUUAUAGUGAAUUGUCAGCAAAGAUAAGCAAGACUGGUGAUGAUAUUCCCAGCCACUCAAGGUCUGGAAGAGCUAGGAAAAAACCAGCUCGGUUCUUGGACGAAGAAGAUGGAGAAGAAAGUCCUUCAGAAGACCAGGAAGUUGAAUCAAAAACGGAGGAGAUUCAGGAAGUUAAACACACCCCCACCUUGAUAGCAGCCACUCCACAGAUAAUCAGUUCAGCUCCUCAACUCAUCAUGGCCACUCCUCAGAUCAUAAGUGCUGCUCCUCAGCUGAUUAAUGCAACUCAGUUGAUUAGUGUUGCACCUCAUUUAAUUAAUUCAUCUCCUCAGUUAAUCAGUUCCUCUCCACAGUUAAUCAGCACGGCUCCUCAGUUGAUUGGUUCAGGGCCCCAGUUAAUCAGUGCUCCAUCUCAAUUGAUUGCAUCUGCUUCACAAGUCAUCGCUGGUGCUCCUCAAAUGAUUGUAACUCAAGAACCACUUAUCCAGCCAAAGUUGGAGGCAUCAGAAACUCCCAAGUCAUCAAGAGUCAGGAAGAAGUCUGCCAAAGUGAUAGAGAUGGAAGAAUUUGAAAAGGCUGAGAAAGUAAAGUCUACCAAAAGAGGAACCAAAAUAGCAAGUCCUGAAUCUGCAACAGUGACAGUGUCCCCUACCCCAGGGACAGGAAUCCAGCCCCAGAUUUUACAGGCAGCCAACAUACAGCUGAACCUCAUGAAUGCCCUUCAUAAUACAUCAGCGUCUGGUGAUUCGCAGUCGACACUUCUGGCCCAUCUCAGGAAAAAUCCUCAGAUUGUCAGGGUUGCAGAUGAUCCUAAACUUGCAGCUGUUAAGACUGAACCUAUGUUGGUGUCUGGUCCGUUUGUUAGCCCGGGGGAGACUGUUAUGGGGGACCAGAAUUCUAGUGUGAAAGAUGAACCUAUUGAUACAGUUGAUCCUAAUGUCUUACUGCCUCAGUCUACCCCAGGCUCAGCUUUGUUGACACAUCUCACAAAAAUGGCUCAACAGGAGGGCAACAUCACACCCAGCAAGACCUCAGCUAGGAAAAAACCACCUAAACCCAAAAUCAAAGAGGAACCUGGUCCAAGCAUGGCAGGAGAUUCUCACAACAAGAGUGUCAUCAAAAUGUUGUUGAACAAACCAGCACAGUUUUCUGAACCAGUGAUCUCCACACAGACUCUGUCACAGAUUAAGUCACCAACAUCAGACAAAAAUGUGAAGAAACCAAUCAAAUUGAAGCUUACUACAGAACCUCCUGCUGUAUCCCAUGUGGGGUCUGCAGGGGACGCAUUUUCACAUGUAGCUUCUGUAACUGUGACCAGUCCUGUAGACAGCAAUAAACCAUCUACAUCAGGGGCGGGGUCCACUAAAAAGAAGGCUAAGAAAACCAAAAGGAAACAGUCAGUGUCAGUCCUCGAUGAUGAGGAUGAAGAUGAUGAAGAAUACGAUGAAGAUGAUGAUGACGAUGAUGAUUUGAUCGAUGAUGACAUGGAUGACAAUGAGGAUGAUAUGGACUGGGAAUUUGAAACACAGGAUGGGAAUUUGAUCAUAGCUGACGAAGUUCCAAAGAAAAGUGUCAAGAAGACCCCAAGCAAAAAGAAAGGAAAGAAAGAUGAUAGCCAGUCAUUAGCUGGGGCAAGCAAAGACAAGAAAAGUAUCGGGCAGAAAGAGAAGAAGAAGAAGAGGUUGACAGCCUACACUAUGUGGUGUAACAGUGUACGAUACAAAGUGCUCAAUGAAAACCCAGGGAUUGAUUUUGCCCAGUUGAGCAGAAGAUUAGGAGAGAUUUGGCAAAGUGUUCCCGCUAAAGACAAAAUGGCCUGGAAACGAAAGGCCAAGAGAGAAGCUCGUAAAUUGUUUGGAAAAGGCCUACUGAUAACGACGGGUAAAGGCGGAGGAGGUACCCCAGCUCAAGCAAUUGCUACGGCUGCCCCUGUGCCGCCCAGCAGCUCGAAUACUCCACCCCCUAUUUAUCAUCCACCAAUAAGACACCAUUCUACAAAACAUCACUCAGCUAACACCUCCAGUACUGCUGUGUCAGUCAAACAGCAGGAGGAGAUGAUUAGUCCAUCUAAGAUGCUGGGUAUAGAACCUAUAGACACAGCUGCUCACCUGAAGUUAGUGGGAGAUUCCCUCAGCAUUAUAGGAAUCCGACUACAGGAACACCGAACGGAGAUUUCCGAGGAAACCAAACAAGAUGGAAACUUCUGAACUGAGUGUGAUAAGGCAUUCAAACCCAAGUCCUCCUUCAAGAGGCACGCACAACUUCACACAGGAAAUAUGUGGCUAUGUGAUUUCUCCUCGGCAUGUACCAAGCAGUUUUUCACAGAGUAUGAUCUGAAGAUGCAUAAAAAAAUGAAACAUUCACCAUUUGUCCUCGUGUGUGAAAUUUGCAGCAAAUCAUUUAAAUCCAAAUUAGGGUUAAACAAUCACAUUAGGAGGCAUCAACAUCAGUUCAAAUAUUUGUGUGGAAAGGACUUCAAUUAUAAAAACGAUUUGGAUCAGCAUCUAGCAAAUCAUGAAGCCAAAAAAAUAUAUAAUUGUUCGAAAUGUAAAAAAAAAAUGUUCAAGUAAGAGAAAUGUUAAGAGACAUUUAGAGACAUGUCAAAUACGUGAAAGCAAGUACGCGUGUGAUUUAUGUGAAAAGAGGUUUAAAAGUAAGAGAUACCUGAAAGCACAUUUAGCUGGUCACAACAAUCCAGAAGAGCAUCAGUGUUCUACGUGUGGAGAAGUUUUUAAAUAUAGGGCAUCUCUUUACAAGCACGCCAAAAAGACUGGACAUAAAUGAUCGACAUUCGCAAAAUUUUGUCCAGGACAUAAAGAAUUCUUUUCUAUACGAUUCCGUUUUUUUUGUAUAUUCUCUGGUUAGUGCUAAUGCACACAUUUCAUGAAUUACAUGUAGAUCUGCAA